AUGACACAAGCGAAAGCUCACGAGAUGGCAGUUGAGCAAACAAUAAAUGUUUGUAGGCUCAACAGCCGUUCAGAUAUGGUAAAGUCAAUACUAGCAUCGUCAACCUUCAGCGACUCGAAAGAUGUUGUAGCGAAGAUGAUUGUGGAGCACGACAAUAUAAUCAAAGAGCGGCAGGUGUUGGCUUUUAGGUCACGUCCCAUACGGACAAAUAAUUUUCGAGGAGGUUAUAGAGGCAGCAAUAACUACAGAUAUCACAAUAACAAUUUUAGGUUUAACGGCAAUUCAAAUAGACACAGCGGCAAUACUAGCUAUCGAAACAACAAUCAGAAUAGGAAUAAUAGUUUCAGUAAUAGACGAAAUAACUACAAUAAUAGUAACAACAGUCAUGCUUCAAGCAGUAAAAAUAACAAUCAAACGCCGAAGCCCCUCAGGCGCGAACACUGGGAGAGCUAG